UAUUGCGGAAUGUUUCUUCAAUUGGCACUCCUGCUCUUCGGCUUCCUUCAGCUUCGGUGUCCAGCUUCAGCCUCUAAUCAGUUUGGCUUUGCCGGCCAUGCUGAUGCGAGGGCACAGUCACAGCGGCAGAAGGUGAAAGAGAUGAUGAAGUUCGCAUGGAAUGGAUACGCGCAGCAUGCGUGGGAGCACAACGAGUUGAACUCGGUGCUGGGAGCACCCCACAACGGCAGCAUCAUGGGCCAGCACAAGAUUGGACUCAGCAUAGUGGACAACCUGGACACACUGUAUAUAAUGGGACUGCAGGAGGAGUACAAUCGAGGCUAUCAGUGGGUGCGGCAGAACUUCAGCCUGGACCAUGUGGACGAGUAUCUGUCCGUGUCCGAGUUGAACGUUCACUUCGUUGGCGGUCUCCUCUCGAUGUACGCCUUCACUGGCUCUUCGCUGUUCCAAUCGAAGGCUGAAGAUGUGGUGAAGAAGCUGCUGCCAGCCUUUACUUCAAUGGGCUCUGGAAUACCCCAAGCCAUGGUCAAUCCCAAAAGAGGAGUGGCUGGGCCGCGUCCAGGGGCUUACGAGGCGAUCCUCUCAGAGAUUGGUUCACUGCAUCUCGAGUUCAGCUACAUAACAGAGAUCACUGGCCAUCUGAAGUAUCGGAACUACGUGCACCAGCUUCGGGAUAAGCUGGAGAACAUGCUGAAGCCGCGCAGUUUGUAUCCCGUUUACCUAAAUCCGAGAACUGCCGCCUGGGGACCAUACAAAAUGACCCUGGGCACCAUGGGUGACAUUUUCUACGAGUAUCUGCUGAAGAACUGGCUGCGUUCAGGCAAGACAAACAAGCAGUCCCGCGAUCUGUACCAGACGGCUGUUGGUCGCAUUCUCGUCUAUCAAUUGGGACUGAGCUCCGCCGGCUUGACGUAUCUGGGUGAGCUGGCCAACUUCCAUGUGAUCCGACGGAUGGAGCAUCGCACCUGCUUUGCCGGUGGACUCUUCGCGCUGGGAGCAUCGGCGUACUUCAACGAUUCUGUGCUGGCUGCCAGGCACCUGCAGGUGGGCAAAGAAUUGGCCCACACCUGCCAUGAGAGCUAUAGGCGCACGCCCACAGGCCUAGGACCCGAGUCCUUUCAGUUUGACUCUACGCCAGAGGAAGAUGCCACCGCCACCGGCCAGGCCAGCGUCCAGAAGGCCUUCCGCCUGCGCCCCGAGGUAGUGGAGACCUACUUUAUACUCUGGCGUCUCACGCACGACCAAAAGUACAGGGACUGGGGCUGGGAAGUGGUCGAGGCCCUGGAGCGACAUUGCCGCACCGAAUUCGGCUACUCGGGCCUGGAAAAUGUUUACCUAAAAAAUGGACCCAAAGAUGGGGUGCAACCGAGCUACUUUAUGGCCGAGACCCUCAAGUAUUUGUACCUUCUGUUCUCCAAUGACACGCUGCUGCCGCUGGACAAGUGGGUCUUCAACACCGGAGGACACCCGCUGCCCAUUCAGUAUGUGAACAAAAUGUUUCGUUCCAAGAAAAAUGUGCCCGAAUAUCAUUUAGAGUUCCCCUGAGAUAUGAUCCGAGCUGCUGAGCUUAAUGAAAAUAAAGAAUUAUUGUUUAUUGAA